AAAGAGGACGAUGUUAAGACUGAAGAGAGGCUUAAGAAAUUUGGGAGAGGAGCGAGACCAGAGAGACGUAGAAGAAGACGAGACGUAGACGAUGGCGAUGGCCGGGUCAAUGUUGCUGAGGCUAAUUUUGAUGGUCGCCAUUUUCUCGGUCUCCUUUUGCAUCGACGAUAAGUGUGCUGCCUGCAAUGCCGUCGCAGAGGAGCUAGAGCGAGGACUUUCGAAUGAGAAGCCUAGGAAUCAUUUGGAUAUGAGACACCGCUUGGAUUCUAAAGGUCAACGGACAGGAAAGGUAAUUGAUUACAGAAUCAGUGAGCUAAGAGUUGUUGACCUCCUCGAUGGGCUUUGUGAAAAGAUGCAAGAUUACACUUUUCAGAAGGUAGAUUCAACCAGAAAAGAGUGGAUCAAAGUGGAUAAUUGGGAUAACCUUACGACAGAUAAACAAGAAGCUCGAGCAUAUUCAAAAGAUAUAUCUUCUUAUUGUGGGAGGUUACUUGAGGAAACAGAAGAUGAGUUGGCGGAACUGAUAAAGAAAGGGUCUGUCAAGGUAGGAGAUGUGAGCAAGGUUUUAUGUCAAGGUCUGAGUAAGCAUUGCAGCAAAACAAGUGAUUUGCAUCAUGGAAAUGGCCAUGUUGGUGGAUCAGAUGGAGAGCUCUGAGAUUCACAAAUUGACGUUCAGGUCAACAUGAAAAGAUAGCAUGAGCAAAUUAACUUAUCAGGAAAAGUUGAAGUUCCAGUUGCCACUAAUUAUUUGCUUAGAAUGAUUACUGCAUUAUGUACCAAUAUAUUGUCAACUCGCAAAAACAAAGGUAGGAACUCGACUCAGUUGGGACCGUUAUGGAUUUUAGCGGUGGGUUUGUAAUUUAAUUUAAAUUCACCAGGUUAGACAUAUGCAUAACAUAAGAUUAGGAUAUCCUUUCGAUUACAACGGAGACUGUGGAGUCUAAACCAAUUAAUUAGUUGGUUGGGCUGACUCAGAGAAAGAGUGAAAGCCGAAUAUAUUUGAUUUUUUAUUUUUA